AUGGCCGUUCAAACCGAAAACCAAGCCACCCACGCAGAUGUCAACGGCGGCCUCAAGGGCGAAUCGAACGGGGCGAAGCCUAAGAUCGUACGGGCUCUCGACGAUGAGGGAGGCACCACGGACGCGAAGUACCCCCAUUACCUCCCAGUCUGGGAACACGCUGAGCAGCUCCCCCCAUUAGAGCCCUUUACACAUCAUGACCCAGGCAAAAACGCCGAUCCAUCGCUGAAGGAUCUUCUUCUCCCAGGAGUAACGUUCAAGAAACUAACGCCCACGACGGGCACCGAGAUAACCGGACUCCAACUGUCCUCCCUCACAAACGCCGGCAAGGACCAGCUCGCCCUCCUCGCCGCCCAACGCAAAGUCCUCGUCUUCCGCAACCAGGACUUUGCCGAUAUCCCCAUGGAGCAGGCAAUCGCUUUUGGCGGCUACUUUGGCAGACACCACAUCCACCCCACAGCGGGGGUCCCCGAGCACCACCCCGAAAUCCACAUCGUGCACCAGAAGCAAAGCAACAACGGGGACUUUGCGACGUUUGUCGCGGGCAAGAACAGCACCGUGCUCUGGCACUCGGACGUCACUUACGAGGAGCAGCCGCCCGGCAUGACGAUCCUCUACGCGCUGGAGCUGCCCGAGGUCGGUGGGGAUACGGGCUUCGCCAACACGGUCGAGGCAUACCGCAGGCUGUCGCCGGCCCUCCGAGAGAGGCUACACGGGCUGACGGCCUUGCAUGAUGGGGUGUCGCAGGCGGAGCCGUACUAUCGGGCGGGGAGACUGGUUCGGAGGAAGCCGCUGAACGUUGAACACCCACUGGUGCGCACGCAUCCGGUUACCGGGGAGAAGGCGCUUUUUGUCAAUGCGCUGACGACGAGUAUCGUUGGAAUGAAGAAGGAAGAGGGCGAUAUGUUGCUGGGGUUUCUGGUAAACCAUAUUGCGCGCUGCUUGGAGCACCAGGUUAGGGUGCGGUGGGAGCCCGGGACAGUUGUCAUUUGGGAUAAUCGCGUCACUGCGCAUACUGCGAUCGUCGACUGGAACACGUACGAGCGUCGGCAUCUGGCGCGCCUCACCCCUCAGGCUGAACGGCCGUUUGAGACGCCGUACGUACCGGAAAAAUGA